CUCCCACUCACCAUUGUCAAAAUUUCAAGCUCCUAGCCAAAACCAUUUCCUUUUUCCAGUUUCCUCUCCUGACCUCUAUCUUCCCUCGCCCAAACAUUCACAGGAAGAGGGAUUUCAUUUCGACUCUCGAGCAAUCCCAGUGGCUGGUUGGCUUGCUUGCCCUCUCGGAAGAUUUUUUGCUUUGGCUUGAAUUCUUUUUCCUAGCUAGUUGCUCAUUAAUAAAGUCGUCCAAGUCUUGUUUGGGGUACUUACUGGGUCAACGUGGAGGAGUUCUCCCCUUCCGCGCCUUGGAGAAAGUAUGAUCGAAUUGGAGCUCUUGUAACUCGGAGGGACGAAGGAAGGAAACGCGGCAAUAAUGGAGUGGCCGGUUGGGGCGAUCUGGCACUCCGGGUUUUAUUGCUUAAUUUUGCUCCUCCACUUCGCUUACAGAGUUGCCUCCAACGCUGAAGGUGAUGCCUUGAAUGCAUUGAAGACAAAUUUGGCUGAUCCAAAUAACGUUCUGCAAAGUUGGGAUCCUACCCUUGUCAAUCCUUGUACUUGGUUUCAUGUCACCUGUAACAGCGAGAAUAGUGUGACACGAGUUGAUCUUGGAAACGCGAAUCUAUCAGGUCAACUGGUUACCCAGCUUGGUCAGCUUCCAAACUUGCAGUACUUGGAGCUUUACAGUAAUAAUUUAAGCGGCAGGAUCCCAGAUGAGCUUGGAAAUUUGACGGCAUUGGUGAGCUUGGAUCUUUACUUGAACAACUUGACUGGUCCAAUUCCAGUGACUCUGGGGAAGCUUGAAAAACUCCGUUUCCUGCGUCUCAACAACAAUACAUUAUCAGGAACUAUCCCUAUGACUCUAACUAAAGUCAUGUCCUUACAAGUCCUGGAUCUCUCAAACAAUCAACUAACAGGAGAUAUUCCUGUUAAUGGUUCUUUCUCUCUAUUUACUCCUAUAAGUUUUGCUAAUAAUCGACUGAAUGUACCUCCAGCUUCUCCACCACCUCCUCUUCCACCAUCAGCACCCACUGCUUCUAAUGGAAACAGUGCUACUGGAGCUAUUGCUGGGGGAGUUGCUGCAGGUGCUGCUCUGUUGUUUGCUGCUCCUGCAAUUGCCCUUGCUUAUUGGCGGCGAAGAAAACCACAAGAUCUUUUCUUUGAUGUGCCUGCUGAAGAAGAUCCAGAAGUCCAUCUUGGACAGCUUAAAAGGUUCUCUUUGCGUGAACUGCAAGUUGCAUCAGAUAAUUUUAGCAACAAAAACAUCUUGGGCAGGGGUGGGUUUGGCAAGGUGUAUAAAGGACGCCUGGCUGAUGGUACUCUAGUAGCUGUGAAGAGAUUGAAGGAGGAGCGUACACAAGGUGGCGAGCUUCAAUUCCAGACAGAAGUAGAAAUGAUCAGCAUGGCUGUCCAUCGCAACUUGCUUCGGCUACGUGGCUUCUGUAUGACACCAACUGAAAGACUACUCGUGUAUCCGUAUAUGGCUAAUGGAAGUGUAGCAUCAUGUUUGAGAGAGCGUGCGGAUUCACAGUCUCCUCUCAACUGGCCAAUAAGGAGGCGAAUUGCACUAGGUUCCGCUCGCGGGCUGGCUUAUUUGCAUGAUCAUUGUGAUCCUAAGAUCAUCCAUCGAGAUGUGAAGGCUGCAAAUAUAUUGUUGGAUGAGGAAUUUGAAGCAGUAGUUGGAGACUUUGGGUUGGCUAAACUCAUGGACUACAAGGAUACUCAUGUCACCACUGCUGUACGUGGCACUAUUGGGCACAUAGCCCCCGAGUACCUAUCAACUGGCAAAUCAUCUGAGAAGACUGACGUUUUUGGAUACGGUGUCAUGCUUCUUGAGCUCAUCACUGGACAAAGAGCUUUUGAUCUUGCUCGGCUUGCAAAUGAUGAUGAUGUCAUGUUACUUGAUUGGGUGAAAGGGUUACUCAAGGACAAGAAGUUAGAGACAUUAGUGGAUGGCGAUCUACAAGGUAACUACAUUGACGAGGAGGUAGAACAAUUGAUCCAAGUGGCUCUCCUAUGCACGCAGAGCUCUCCCAUGGAACGUCCGAAAAUGUCAGAGGUCGUUCGAAUGCUUGAAGGCGAUGGCUUGGCUGAGAGAUGGGAAGAGUGGCAGAAAGAAGAGAUGUUCAGGCAAGACUAUAACCACACCCACCAUCCCAACAGCAACUGGAUUGUGGAUUCUACGUCUCAUAUUCCUCCAGACGAACUGUCAGGUCCCAGAUGAUAAUGAUGAUUGAUCCUCCAUAAUCAGUCCAUCACAAGAUCACAUUGUCUCCAACGUCUCUUGUCUGGUCAGUUGUCAGAACCACAGCAAUAAGCAGCAGCACCAUAGUGAGCAAGAAGAAGAAGAAGAUGACCAUGAAGAAGGCCAACAACAAGAUGAUGAAGGGCUUCAUGUGUCAGAACACUGCUCCUGCUAAAACAGUCAUAUCCCCUGCUGCAUUGUUUGUCUGUGGCGCCAACGAUCUCCCUCUUACUUCCGCCAUUGUUCCAGCUGCCACCAGGCCGCGGCUGCUUCUCCAGAAGUACAACAUAGUCAGCUCCUCCACGGCCGCCAAUUUUAACUACUCCAGGUUGCAGCAGCAGAAGCAGGUUGAGGCAGGGGAUCCCCUGAAGCUGUUGAAGAAACCCAACAUUGUAGUCGAUGACGACGAAGAUGGUAGCAAAAUCAUCCGCCACUCCUUCCAGGUGGUUGUAAUGAGAGUUUCACUUCAUUGCCAAGGUUGUGCUGGACAAGUCAAGAGGCAUAUUUCCAAGAUGGAAGGAGUGACAUCAUUCAGCAUAGAUCUAGAGGAACAGAAGGUGACAGUGAUGGGCCAUGUUUCACCACUUGUGGUUGUGCAGAGCAUUUCCAAGGUGAAGAGAGCUGAGCUUUGGCCCACUUCUCCUUCUUCUUCUUCCUCUGAUGUCUAAUUAAUGGAACACCAGAAGAAGAAGAAGAAUUGAAGUCAGUAGAGAGAGAGAGAGAGAGAGAGAGAGAGAGAGAGGGUAGUAUAUGUAUGUCAGUUGGCCAUUUUCCAUGUCUGGAAAUGGGGAUUGGGAAUUACCAAUGUACUCUACUUGCAGAUAUCUCUAUCAGUUACUUACUGCUGUUACUUCCAUGCAUCUGCAUGAGCAUGAGGCUGUGUAGUGGCCUUAUUUAUUAGGUUACCUUCCCUUUGGGUGUGGGGCAAAUUCUUUGCCUCUUGCUCUUAUUAGUGUCAGUAUUAAAUGGUGUGGUCCUUAUGAGUUCAGGACUCAGGACCUUCCCUCUCUAUCUAAACUCUUAGUUUGCAAUGGUAAG